UGACAGUGACGUAGUUGCAAGUGCGCUGAAGGUUAUGGAGAACUUCUUUAAGAACGGAACUGAGAAUCAAAUUCAGGUUCUACAUGGAAACCAAGUUCUUCAACGUUUUUCAGAAAUUCUAAUCAAUCAUGAGAACCGACCUUUCCAUCUGAAGUAUGUUUGUCGUGCCAUCGCAAAUAUAGUGAAUUACCGGAGCAGUCAAAUCCAGAGAAUGGUUGAUGCAGCUAUCUUCCCUCCUAUUAUUCAAAUUUCAAUUAACCAAGAGGUUGGUGAUACCAAAAAUGAGGCUAUGUACGCCAUCUCAAUUGCUGCCAGGAGAGGAUCUCACGAGCAGAUUAGACACUUGGUAGAUCAUGGUUCAAUUGCAGUACUUUCUCGGGGCCUUCUGUGUGAAGGUUACACUAGAAGAGCCUCUUGUUUCCAUGGGCUCCGCAGUAUUCUAAGGGUUGGAGAGGCUCAUAAGGUAGAUGGUGUGAACAUCUACACACAGAUGGUCACCGAGAACGGCGGGCUUGCUAGGAUCAAGAGUCAGAGGGAUGACCCUGAUGUCGGAGGGAUAGCAAGAAGAUUGUUGAGCUCGUACUGGCCUGGGGAAGUAUGA